AUGGGUCCUCAAAGGAGGCUGGGAAUAUAUGUUGGACCAGUCGGUUCCAAAGAUAAAAAUCCUCGAAAAAUAAAGGGAGCAAAUAAUCAAGAUGGCCCUAAUGAAGAGGCUGAAAAUUUCGAGGAAGAUGUUGACAUAAACAAAUCUCUUGAAGAGAUUCAGUCAACUUAUACUGAAAAAAUUUUGAGACAGUUUUAUAUGGAUAAAUCACACCCAUUGAGUAGCCCAAUGGUAGUCAGGUCACUUGAUGUAGAAAAAGAUCAUUUUCGACCUAAAGAAGAACAUGAAGAGCUCCUUGGUCCAGAAGUACCAUAUCUUAGUGCAAUAGGAGCAUUGAUGUAUCUUACUAAUUGUACAAGACCUGAUAUAGCUUUCUCUGUCAAUUUAUUAGCAAGAUUUAGUUCUGCUCCAACAUAUAGACAUUGGAAAGGGAUUAAGCACAUACUCCGCUAUCUCCAGGGUACUAUUGAUAAAGGAUUAUUCUGUUCUAAUAAUUAUGGGUCACAACUUAUUGGCUACGCAGAUGCAGGAUAUUUAUCUGAUCCACAUAAAGCAAGAUCUCAAACUGGCUAUUUGUUCACUUGCGGUGACACUGCUAUAUCCUGGCGAUCAACAAAGCAAACUCUGGUGGCUACUUCCUCAAAUCAUGCUGAGAUACUUGCAAUUCACGAGGAAUAA